AUGCUGGUCACGCUCUCCGUGGCCGAUGUAUUGGAGGAGCCAGCGGUGAUCACAGCUGUUCACAGGAAGCAGACCGGGGAAGCAUGUGGUGCAUGUAGCCUGCGGGAGCACCUACAACGGCGGCUAUCACAGCUGACGGAGAGCUGUUUCAGCGAGGACCAAACUAUUCCCAUGCUGGUGACGGCUCUAAAAGGAAUGAAGGUGCUGGAUGUGGCGUGUGGCAGGUGGAGCGCCCAGACCCUUGCUGUCACAGAGAAGCAGGUGUGGUCGUGGGGGGAUGGGGACUAUGGGAAGCUGGGUCGUGGAGGCAGCGACGGCUGUAAGACCCCUAAACUGGUGGAGAAGCUUCAGGACCUGGACAUAGUGAAGGUGUGCUGUGGGAGUCAGUUCUCUGUAGCACAGACUAAGGAUGGACAGGUGUACACCUGGGGGAAGGGAGACAACCAGCGCCUCGGCCACGGCACCGACGAACAUGUCCGAUACCCAAAACUGCUGGACAGUCUACAAGGGAAGAAAGUGGUGGACAUCGCAGUCGGCUCCACCCACUGUCUGGCUCUGACUGAUGAAGGAGAGGUCCACAGCUGGGGCAGUAACGACAAGCUGCAGCACUUUGAUACUCUGUUCUCUAACAAGAAGCAGCCCAAGGCGCUGCCUGGCCUCAACUCCAAACACAUAGUGGGCAUCUCCUGUGGGCCAGGCCAGAGCUUUGCGUGGUCGUCCUGUUCAGAGUGGACUGUGGGGCAGCGCGUGCCCUUCGUAGUGGACGUGUGCCCUGUGACCUUUGAGCAGCUGGAUCUGCUCUUGCGGCAGGUGAGCGAGGGCAUGGACGGCUCUUCUGAUUGGCCCCCGCCGCAGGAGAAGGAGUGCAUGGUGGUGGCCUCACUCAACCUGCUCAGGCUACAGCUCCAUGCAGCCAUCAGUAACCAGGUGGACCCUGAGGAGCUGGGUCUGGGUCUGGGCAGCGGGCUGCUCAACAACCUGAAGCAGACCGUGGUGACGCUAGCCUCCAACGCUGGAGUCCUCAACACGGUCCAGUCAGCCGCCCAGGCCGUGCUGCAGAGCGGCUGGUCAGUGCUGCUUCCCACUGCGGAGGAGAGGGCUAGGGCACUGUCCUCACUACUACCCAACACAGUAUCUGGUAACGAGAUGAGCGUCAGUCCUGGACGUCGCUUCAUGAUCGACCUGUUGGUCAGCAGUCUGAUGGCUGACGGAGGGCUGGAGUCUGCUCUCAAUGCUGCCAUCACAGCUGAGCUACAGGACAUAGAGGCAAAGAAGGAGGCCCAGAAGGAGAAGGAGGUCGAUGAGCAGGAGGCCAAUGCCUCCAGCAUGCAGCGCUGUCGCACCACCCUGGACAAAGACCUCAUCAACACUGGGAUAUACGAGUCCACUGGGAAACAGAGCCUACCGCUGGUCCAGCUCGUACAGCAGCUACUGAGGAACAUAGCCUCCCAGACCGUCGGCAGACUGAAGGACGUGGCCAGGAGGAUAUCUAGCUGCAUAGACACGGAGCACGUCAGUAAAGAACGCUCCGCCUCCCUGGACCUGCUGCUGCGCUUCCAGAGGCUGCUGGUCAGCAAGCUCUACCUGGGAGUCAACGGCACCGAGAACACCAACGGAUACAACCCAGAGCUGCUGGGUGUGGGGUCCCUGUUGAAGAAGUACAUUGCCCUACUGUGUACUCACAUCGGAGACAUCCUCCCUGUGGCAACCAGCAUCGCCUUCACGGGACACCGACACUUUAAUGAAGUGUCCCGGGUCAUCGAGGGUGACCUCACUGGUGUGCUCCUCCCUGAGUUGGUGGUGUCCAUCGUGUUGCUGCUGACCAUCGACGCUGGCCUGCUGCAGGAGACCGGCUCCAUCCCUCUGCUGGCUGGACUUCUGGAACAUCUGGACCGCUUCAACCACCUGGCGCCUGGACACGAGAGGGACGACAACGAAGACCUGGCCUGGCCCGGCAUCAUGGGUCGAUUCUUCACAGGGCAGAGCUCUAAGAACAAUGAGGAGAUGUCUCUGAUCCGCAAGGCCGACUUGGAGAAUCACAACAAAGAUGGCGGCUUCUGGACCGUCAUCGACGGGAAAGUCUACGACAUCAAAGACUUCCAGGCCCAGUCGCUCACUGGGAACAGCAUCCUGGCCCAGUUUGCAGGAGAGGACCCUGUUGUUGCAUUAGAAGCAGCCCUGCAGUUUGAAGACACCAGGAUGUCUAUGCAGGCUUUCUGUGUUGGACAGUACAUGGAGCCCAACCAGGAGACAAUGACCACCCCAGACCUGAGCAGCCUGUGCUCCCCCCUCAUCGACACGGAGAGGAACCUGGGACUCCUGCUGGGCCUCCACGCCUCCUACCUGGCCAACAGCACCCCCCUCUCACCCAUGGAGAUAGAAUGUGCCAAAUGGCUCCAGUCGUCCAUCUUCCAAGGUGGUCUGCAGACCAGUCAGGUCCACUACAGCUACAACGGGGAGAAGGAAGAGGACCACUGCUCCUCCCCAGGAAGCACCACACCAGACAAGACCAACCCCUCCCCCAGGCUCACCCUCAGCGACCAUACACAGCCCUUCUUACAGGCUAUCGCUGACAACACCACUCAGGACCACACUGUGAAGGACUUCCUGUGCCAAAUGGAGCGGUGCUGUAAGCAGUACCACCUCAUCACGCCCAUAACCUUCCCCCUGGAGCACCCUGUGGAGGAAGUAGGCCGUCUUCUUCUUUGCUGCCUGCUCAAACACCAGGACCUCGGUCACAUCGCCUUUUCCCUCGCCACCCAAUGUGCCUUGGGCGUGGAGCAGGGCAGGCAGAGGACCCUCCCCAGAUCGGUGAUUGACGUGUGCCGCAUGGUGUACCAGACAAAGUGCUCUUUAAUCAAGACCCACCAGGAGCAGGGUCGUAGUUAUAAGGAGGUCUGUGCUCCUGUAAUCGAGAGGCUGCGGUUCCUGUUCAACGAGCUCCGUCCCGCCGUCAGCAACGACCUCUCCAUCGUGUCCAAGCUGAAGCUGCUCAGCGCCCAGCCGCGCUGGAAGAGGAUCACGCAGAAGCUCAUCAGAGACUACAGGAAAAAGAGGGUGCCUAAGAAGUCUGAGUCAGCUGGCGUAGAGGAGCCUAAACUACAGAACGAAGGGACCAAUGAGGAGGAGCUCUGUGUCCCCAUAAGCCCCGCCCCCACAGACAGAAAACCACCCACCAACAAGACACCCAAGCAGGAUAGGUUGGCUCCUCUCCUCAACACGGUAGCUAACGUCCAGAAGUUUAAGUGGCUGAAGCACAGUGUCCAGGGAGUCUUCUCUACCUCCAGCCUCAUGGGGACCAUCGUAGAGUUCGCCCUGAAGGAGGAGCCGCUCGACGUGGAGAAGAUGAGGAAGUGUCUCCUCAAACAGUUGGAGCGUGCUGAGGUGCGGCUGGAGGGCAUUGACACCAUGCUGAAGCUGGCCUCCAAGAGCUUCCUGCUGCCCUCUGUCCAGUACGCCAUGCUGUGUGGCUGGCAGAGGGUCAUACCUGAGGGGACCAACAUCGGGGAGCCGCUGUCCGACUGUCUGAAAGACGUAGAUCUGAUCCCUCCCUUUAACCGCAUGCUGUUAGAGAUGACCUUCGGGAAGCUGUACGCCUGGUCCAUCCAGAACGUACGCAACAUACUGCUGGAAGCAAGUGGCAGGUUUAAUGAGCUGGGUGUACAGCCCGUCCCUCUCCAGACCAUUACCAAUGAGAACCCGGCCAGUCCCAGUCUGGGUAUCAUCCCACAGGCCCGUUUCCUUCUCUCCAUGCUCCACAUGCUGUCUCUGAAACACGGAGCCAACAGCCUCACGCUGCUGCUCAACUCUGGAACUCUGGCCCUCACACAGAGCAUCCUCCGACUCAUAGGCCCCAGUACAGACAGCAGUGAGGAGGAGCUGGAGACGAGAGGUCACGGGGGGUCAGCUACGGUGCUGGAGGAGAGCCGAAAAGAGGCGACCCCCACUCCCCUGCCCGCCUCAGGACCUGAACUAGCUGCCAUGAUGAAGAUCGGAACCAGGGUGAUGAGAGGACUGGACUGGAAGUGGGGAGAUCAGGACGGUCCUGCGCCGGGUCUGGGCCGGGUGAUAGGGGAGCUGGGUGAGGAUGGCUGGAUAAGGGUCCAGUGGGAUACCAGCAGUACCAACUCCUACAGGAUGGGGAAGGAGGAAAAUACGACCUGA